GUUGGUGCUUAUUUGUCGCUCCGAUCGGACCUGCACAUCGAUCCAUCCAUCCAUCGAUCUAUCGAGUGCGUCUGCUGGCUCGGCUUGAAGUGUGUUGUGGAAGCGAGAGCACGGGGGAUUGUUGUGGCGUGGGGAUCGGAGCGCGAGCGUUGGAAGGAUGUCGUAUGCGUACCUGUUCAAGUACAUUAUCAUCGGAGACACAGGUGUGGGAAAAUCAUGCCUGCUUUUGCAGUUCACUGACAAGCGGUUCCAACCUGUUCACGAUUUAACUAUUGGUGUGGAGUUCGGGGCUCGGAUGAUCACCAUCGAUAACAAACCUAUCAAGCUUCAGAUUUGGGAUACCGCCGGUCAAGAAUCUUUCCGUUCCAUCACUAGAUCGUACUACAGAGGAGCAGCUGGCGCGUUGUUGGUGUAUGAUAUCACCAGGAGGGAAACUUUCAAUCACCUUACAAGUUGGUUGGAAGAUGCACGACAACAUGCAAAUUCUAACAUGACUAUCAUGCUAAUCGGUAAUAAGUGCGACCUGGCACAUAGAAGAGCUGUUAGUACCGAAGAAGGUGAACAGUUUGCCAAAGAAAAUGGUUUAGUAUUCAUGGAGACAUCUGCGAAGACUGCCCAAAAUGUUGAGGAUGCUUUCAUCAACACAGCUGCUAAGAUCUAUCAGAAGAUUGAGGAGGGAAUUUUUGAUGUUUCCAAUGAGUCGUAUGGCAUUAAGGUUGGCUACAGCACAUGGACCGCUUCAGGAGGUACUGGUGGGGGGAAUACAUCUGCUCAAUCGGGUGGUUGUUGUUCGUGAAGCUUUGUUUGACUGAGGUAUUGACUGGUUGAUAACUUUUGUUAGCCAGUCAAUUUAUGCACCGUUUGGGGAUAUCUAGUGAGAAGAAUGAUGAAACUGGAGCGUCACCUUGUUGUAGUGUCCAGGAGAAAAUUCAAAAAUCUCGUCUUACACUUCACACCAGACUUAUAGAGGUUUCAGGAAUUAUAGAGUUAGCAGAAGAUGGUUGUGUGGUAUUGAAAAAUAAUGACUUAGUUCUAGCUUCACGUUUCAGUUAUUUGUUUGAGUUUUGCGCCCAGUUUCUGAAACAGCAGAUAUCAACACUGUACAGUUAAUUAUCAUUCUCACAAGCAUAUACGAUUCUUUUUCUUAUUUAUUCUGAAAAGAAUAUAUAGAUUUGUUUGGUCUGAUUUACUUAUAAUGAAUCUUCCAAGUGAAGUGACUAUAUUUGUGA